AAAAAUGAAUUCGCAAACCAACUUUUGGAUAUUCCUUUCAAUCUGUUCAGUAUUAUUUUUUUUUGCAACCAAUUGAUGCAAACAUAAAUGUUCGUGAAAAACGUCAAUUGGGAUUCAGAUAUCCGUCAUUUGGAGCCUCUCGGAAACUCAUGGGAGGUGCCAAGUAAUCAUCCCGUGUAUGUUUUGCUUUUCCAGAAAACUGCCCAUUUUCAGAUUGUUUCUCUACUUCUGUCAAUCAAUUUAUUUAAUUCACAAAUGAAAACGAGAUAAUGUUGCAAAAAAGAGACGCAGAGACUUUUAAAAAGUUUUCACGUUUUUUUGAUCCUAGGAGACCGUGCAAAGUUCAAAGAAACGUAGAUGCUAUGUGUUGGAUAGGAACGUGAACCUUUACUGGUUAUCGACGUGAGCAACGUUUCAAAGUGAACUCUUCCUGUGUUUCGAUUAUUCCUCACUUUUCCGGUUUUAAUAUAAGCCAGUCUUAGUAUUCUCUGUCGCCACAACACCAUGGGUGAUGAAACUAUGGACCUUCAACGUGCUCCUGAAAACUCUUCUUCGAAUUCGACAACGGAACCAUUGGAUGAAGAUAUUGCUGCUGGCCAAAAUGUGAAGAAGUCGAAAAAAGCCUCGUAUAUCGAGCAAUUUGUCGCGUUUGUCGCUAAGCGAUACAAGGACACCACCACCCCUGUCCCAUCCAAAGAGUUGUAUGAAGGGUUUAAAAACAAGAUCAAAUUCAAAAAGCAUACGGACACUCUUCGAAAAUCCAUCCAACCAUUCUUGAUGGGAGCAUUCAAAGACUCUGACUACGAUGACGAGAAGAAAGUGCAAAUGUUGUUCGUGACAAGUACACCACUCAAAGAUGGAAUGUUCUUGGAAAAGCUCAAGAGCAUUGCCACAAUGGUAAAAUUGGACGAGUUUUCUCGUAUCGAACAAUACGAUUCGCCGACUCUGAAGUCGGAGGGUGCCCACCAAAAAAAGUUUAUGAAGAAGCAACCACCUGUGCCGGCUUCGGAUAUUGGCGUCGGCGGCUGCCAAUCGAACUCUGGAUAAUAUUAUACUGAACAUUUGAAUGAAAAGAGGUGCUAUCAAUAAAGAAUAGUCGUUC